AUGACGCUUCCAAGUGGAUUACUAGAACAUGCAGUUGUGGUUUACACUAAAACCGUUUUCUAUGAGGUUGAACUAAAGUUGCCUGAAAAAGAAGUUAAAUGUUCAUGCAAUCACCUCAUACGUACUGGCAUUUUGUGUCGUCAUAUUUUUGCUGUAUUGAAAAACAAUCAUGUUGAAAAGAUUCCAGAGCAGCAUAUUCUCAGAAGAUGGAGAAGGGAUGCAAUUUCCAGCCAUUUGCUUGCCAUGAAACAUGUUGCCAUGGAAAUAGAAGAUGACACCUUUAAACUUCUAACAGAGACAUACAUCAAUAUUGAAUACUGCUUGUAUCAUUUCAAAAGAAGCAAGGAGAAAUUGUUGGAAUUUGUUGAAAAAACACGUUACUUGAAGCAAGCAGCAAUGGAGUCUGGCAGUUCAAACCAAACAUCAUCUGAUAAUGAUGAAGAAGAAAUUAUUCGGAUGCUUGGAAUACGCAACAUUCCUGAUGAAAUAAAUAUGCAUCCACCUUCAUCUAUAUGUACCAAAGGUAGUGGAACUAAGAAAAGAAUGGUUAGUGCUAUUGAGAAAGUUGUUGCAGCUGUAAAGAAAAAAACCAGAAUUUGCGCAGGUUGCAAUCAAUAUGUUAACCAUAAUUGGAGGACUUGCAAAGUCAGACUUGCACGAGAGUCGAUUCAGGUGCACGCUUACUUUCAUCAAGAUUCAACACUUGACUCCAACAAUCAGUCAAAUGACCAAAUAGUUCACAUGUUGGAAAAAAAACUUUCCAUGUGA